AUGGCUGGUGGUAAGUCUCUCUCACCUCACGCGCGCGCGCCGUCCUCUCCCGCCUCAAUCCGCCACGAGCCAUUGAGCAGCGAAGUUACCCUCGCUGAGUCUGGAACGGUUCGGAACUGCUUCGCGGGCCAAUUCGGCUUCGAUUUCACCUCCACCUCCGACAUCUUGCGCCAAUUUCCUGGCAUCUCGCUUGAUGGGGCAAAAAACAGGGGCCCGAUGAGCGAGACACAAGGAGGCGUCGACAGGGGCGGCGAAGCAGCGUAUACGCUCACGACGAGUGCUCACUACGGGCGGUCGGGCUCUCAUCGGGACUCAAUCCAAGCGAACAACGAAAUCUGUGACGCUAAGAAGGGUGCCAACCUCUUCAAGACCCGUUGCGCUCAGUGCCACACCGUCGAGGCCGACGGCGGCAACAAGAUCGGCCCUGCUCUGCACGGCCUUUGGGGCCGCAAGACCGGCUCCGUCGAGGGUUACUCCUACACCGACGCCAACAAGAAGAAGGGCAUCGAGUGGAACGACCAGACUCUCUUCGAGUACCUCGAGAACCCCAAGAAGUACAUUCCCGGCACCAAGAUGGCGUUCGGUGGUCUCAAGAAGGAGAAGGACCGCAACGACCUCAUUGCCUACCUCAAGGAUGUCACCAAAUAG